CUGCUUGUCAGAAGGUCGCAAAAGGUGAUCACAUGAUUCCAGGACACUGCAGCCAUCAAAAAACCACUUUUUUCAAUGAUGUCAUUGAAUGGUUAUUCAAUGGUCAUUGAAUGAAUUGUUGUAAGUCGAGGACUACCUUGUACUACAGUAUCUCUUUUACAGGGUUGAGAUAGAACAUAUCUAUAGUCCCAGUCCUGAAUGCUUAGAAGUCACCCCCAACCGAAUUGAACAGGACUCAGUUCCCACUGAGUAGCCAACCAAUGGCCCUCGCGUGCUCUGGAAUACAAAUCCCAUCGGUCGCAUUGGCUGGACUUGAAGGGAUGGAUGUUCAAGAGUUCAACAUGCCUAGAGGGCGCUCGGUGGAGAAAGCCGGUGCCUAAAGCCUCGCGAGGCGUGGCCAAAGCGGAGAAGGGAAAUCGAAAGUAGAACAUAAGAGUUCUCGAUUUAGGAGCCGGAGGAAGAUGGCCGAGGGCGAAGUUGUUUACCGCUUUCCGCUUGUGGUCGAGGGGAACUGGGAUUGCAGCCUGAGCAAAUCUCUGAAAAACAAGCUCCUCUGUUACUUCCAAAGCCCGAAGAGAUCGGGAGGAGGGGAAUGCAAGAUCCACGUGGAUCCCGGCAGAGAAAAGCAGAUAACGGUGUAUUUCGCUCAGGAAGAUGUGAGACAGAGUGUUCUUAAUAUUAAGAGCCAUGAACUCAGUCUGCCAGGAAUGAAGACACUGAAGUUAACAGUCUCUCUGCCUUCAGCAGAAGGAGCACCUAAUAAAAAUGUGCCACUGGAAGAACAAGAUCCAAGCCAGAUGCCUGUUGUAGCUAAAGAAUCCCAUCAAUUUGGUGAACAGUCUUUUGUAAACUACAGUUCAUAUGAUGCUUCAGAUUAUGCAGAAAAGGAGGCAGGAAGAAUGGCCAUCCAGGAGGGCUUCAGUGUGGUGGUAACAACAGAUGCAGGCAGUGAAAUUCAGACCUACAUCUUGGAGCUAUACUUUGAGAAUAAGAGACAUUCUGGCGGGGGGCCCAUUAAGUCCUGCCUUAAAGAUGGACAACAAUUCAUCGUCACCUUUGAAAAUGAAGCAGAUGCUCGAGAGGUUUUGCAAAGAGAUCAUCACCAAAUAAGUAAAAUUGUACUUCAUGUCAAAAAAUACCAGCAGGAAUUGAAGCCAGAUCCAUCUGAGACAUCAUCUUCUCUAGUCGUUCUUGAAAAUGUGCCAGAGACUAUGAUUGAGUGUAUGCUCAUUCUGUUGGUAGAGACUGUGAGUGGCCUUUCAGAAGAAGAUAAGGAUUUUGAUGUGGAAAUGGUGCCUGAGUGCAGUGCGGCUGUCAUCACUUUUAUCAAGCCUAUUGAAACAGACACAUUUAUCAAAACGUUCAACCAAUACCACAGAGUUCAGCAACAAAAGAUUUCAGCUCGAUCUUUGGAAAUGCCUAAAAGCAUUUUGGUUGAAAAUAUUCCCCCUGAUAUUCCUGAAGACUAUAUUGUUAUCUAUUUUGAAAGCAAAAAGCAUGGUGGCGGUCUGGUGCUGGAAAACAGCUACAUUCCUGAAGACAAUUCUGCCAUAAUUACAUUUCACGAUAGCAAAGUUGUAGCUACCAUCUUGCAGCGAAAGCAUUGUCUUAUGAAUGUCCCUGUUUCUGUUUAUCCAUACUAUAAAUCUUUGGGAGCUGCUGUAUAUGGGAAAGAAAGACUACAAAUUAAGAUGCCAGAUCCCUUCCCAGUGUCUGUUGACCCCUACCACUGGAGGUUUCUACAGCAGAAUUGUUUACUUCAGGAAAUAACACGCGAAAUGGCAGGCCAUUAUUGUGAGAUCAGAUGGCCUUCCGAGCUCUGUGCAAACCCCGAAAUUAUGGUGCAUCCUUCACAUGACUUGUCAAAGAGAAAACGAUCCUUGGUUAAGAUCUGGAAAGAAGAUGCUUUAACUGUUCUUACACAGAUCCUGUCACGGCAGAAAGUGAUCAAGCGUGAAAUGAAUUCGGAAUUGUGGGAAGCCGUAAGAAACAGUCUAGUAAAAGAUGACAUUUUGAUCAUAACAGAUGCCUCAAAGAGAGAAGUGGUUUUGGUGGGGGCAGCAGGCAGUGUAAAUGAUGCAGAGGAGGAAAUGAAGGUGCUCAUAGAAAAUGCUUGUAGAAAGAUGGAAAGAGAGAGAUUGACGAUAGAGGAAGCAAUAUCAAUUACUGCUUGCAAAUAUGCCAUUUUAUGCAAUUGUGAACUACAAGAGAAUAUUUGCUCAGCAUAUCCAGAGCUAAAGAUAACUUACGAUGCUUCCAAAGAACAUAUAAUUCUGCGUGGCCUACCUGCUGAAGUUUUUAAAAUAAAAAGUGACAUCCUUGAAAGAAUAUCCAGUAUGAUUCAGAAGCCCAUUGAUAUUCAUUCUAAUCUUCUUCUUUUUCUACAACAUGUUGAUAAUGAGUCUCUGUCUCGGCUGUUAUUCUGGAACCAAAAGAUAAAUGCCUACUAUGAACUCAGUGAAAAGUCUGUACUACUGUUUGGAGGAACUCUUCAGGACCUUCACAGAGCCGAGGAGGAACUAAAGAAAGAUCUGACUUUCCAAAGUAUUGAACUGGAGGACUGCACAGUUACAAAAAAGAAUGAAUGGCUGGAAUUAACAGAACAGUUGUACAAGGCAUAUAAUUGUUCAGGUGAAACCAUCAUAAUUCAAGAACAGGAAGGUGAAAUAGUCAUUGCAGGUUAUUUCAGAGAAGUGGCCACUGCCCAUCAGAAGCUCUCUGAUUUUGUUGACAACCAUACAUAUAUUCAGAGAAAUAUCAAAAGUAAGUCUGCUGCCGUGGUAAUGUAUGUACAACAGGAAAAGAGCCCAAAAUGGAUUAAUUUAAAUAGGCAAGGUGUAAAAAUAAAUUUUGGUACACUGAGAAGUCGCAGAGUGAUUUCCCUUGAAGGACCCAGAGUUGCAGUUCUGAAGGGAGUUGAGCUUUUUCAUAACAUCCUGUCUUCUCUCCAUGCUACUAGCAUAAUCAUUGAUAAACCAGGGGCCGAGUCAUUCUUCAAAGAACGAGAAGAAUUGUACAUUAAUGGUGCAAGACAAAGGUUUAACUGUUUGAUCAGGAUUCAGGAAAGCAAAGAAGAGGUUGAAGAAACUGGAGAAGAUGGGAAUGGCUAUGGAGAGAAGCAGCAGUCGUGCUAUGAAGUGAAACUAGGAAAUGGUAUUGUGGUAAUUCUUCAGAAAGCUGAUUUGACCCAGUGUUCGGCAGAUGUUAUAGUCAAUGCAUCCAAUGAAGAAUUGAUGCACAUUGGUGGUCUAGCAAGUAGGCUGCUGGAAGCAGCUGGUCCAGAGCUACAAAAGGAGUGUAAGGACCAAGUGAGGCAAUAUGGACCUUUGAAGACUGGUUGUGCAACAAUCACAAAUGCUGGGAAGCUGCCAUGUAAGCAGGUGAUUCAUGCUGUUGGACCAAGGUGGUGUAGUGCUGAAAAAGAAAAAUGCAUAAAGCUGUUAAAAAAAUCAGUGAGGGAAAGUUUAAAGCUAGCAGCCCGUUGUCAGCAUCGCUCCAUAGCCAUCCCUGCCAUAAGUUCUGGGAUUUUUGGGUUUCCAUUAAAAGAGUCUACCCACUCCAUUGUGACCGCCAUCAAAGAAAGCUUAGAAGAUUUUUCUGAGAACAGCUGCCUAAAACAGAUUUACCUCAUGGAUAUCAGAGAUGAUACUAUUCGAGCUUUCUCUGAAACCCUGAAUGAAGUGUUUGGGCCCUCACUUUCUACAACUUACCCAUUUUCCAAAACUAAGCAUACUACAGCCUACCCAUUUUCCAAAACUAAGCAUGCUACAACCUACCCAUUUUCCAAAACUAAGCAUUCUACUGCAAAAAUCCGAGCAGACCCUGAAACGGUGAUGACAGCUGAAGGCUUAAAAAUACUGCUUAAGAAGAAAGGAAUUGAAGAGGCAACAACUGAUGUGAUUGUCAAUAGUGUUGCCAGAGACUUGCAGCUGGACAAAGGACCACUUUCCAGGGCUCUUCUGGCCAAAGCAGGAGCAGAACUCCAAGUGGAAUUAACCCAAGAAGGUCAAGGGAAAGACAUCAAGGAAGGCUGUGUGCUCAAAACCAGUGGUUAUGCUCUGAGCUGCCGUCACGUUCUUCACGCUGUUUUACCUGCUUGGAAUCAAAAGAAGAAACUAGAAAACAAGAACUUAGGGGGCAUAAUUGAGGAAUGUCUGAAAGUCACCGAACAACUCUCGCUGAGCUCCAUCACCUUCCCAGCUAUUGGAACUGGAAAUCUUGGAUAUCCCAAAGAAUAUGUGGCUAAACUGUUUUUUGAUGAAGUUUUCAAAUUCAGUCAAGCUGAAAAUCCAAAGUCCCUUAAAGAAGUUCAUUUUGUGCUUCAUGCCAGUGAUACCACCACCGUCCAGGCAUUCAUGGAAGAAUUAAACAGUAGAUUGAGUGUAAGCCAAACAAGCUCCUCAAUGCCCAAAGCUUCAUCUGAGAAUUUUCAGCAGGAAAAUCAAGCUUUCUCUGAGCAAAGUUCAACUCUAAAAUAUGGAAAUCUUAAAACGCAAAUUGGCUCACUUGAGUUGCAGCUGGAACAGGGAGAUAUUACUAAACAGAUGACAGAUGCCAUCGUAAACAUAACCAAUCAAACAUUUAAUCUCCAAACUGGUGUUUCCAAAGCCAUUAUGGAAAGCGCUGGUCCAGAGGUGGUGAAAGAAUGUGCUGACCUGGCUUCCCAGCCACACAAUAACCUCAUAUGCACCCAAGGAGGAAACCUGUCUUGUAAAAAUAUAAUCCAUCUUGUGAACAGCAAUGAUAUCAAAAAGCAAGUCUCUCAAGCACUCAUGGAAUGUGAGCAGCGGCAAUUUACAUCUGUUGCGUUUCCAGCAAUUGGGACAGGAUAUGCAAAACGCGAUCCAGUUAUAGCAGCCGAUAGCAUGAUUGAUGCUAUAGUAGACUACGCAAGUACAACAUCUGCCCCCGGGGUGAGAGAGAUUAAAAUAAUCAUUUUUCAGUCACAUCUUCUAGAAGUGUUUUAUGCAAGCACGCAGAGAACAGAAGUUACAGCUAGUAAACCCAGUGGUGGUACGCGUACACAAAAAUCCUUUUUCUCAAAAGUAGCAGAAUUCUUUACCACCAAAAAACCUGCUGUGGAAUUAAAACCUGCCUUAGUUUUUGAGAGAACAGUUGAGCCAGCCGUUUUUCAGAUUUGUGGUGACCACUAUAACAAUGUGGAAAAUGCAGCAGCGUGGAUUAAGAAGCUGAUUUUUGAGUCCCAGAAUGAAUACACUAUCUCGGAUGAAUGGAUCUCUAACUUUGGAGAAAGCGAAUAUAAAAAACUGGAGGACCUCCAGGAAACGUUGCACAUUGCCCUUAAACUAGACAGUGAAGCUUCUCCUCCCUCGCUUUGUAUUUGUGGGAUAACUAAAGAUGUCUUGCAGGCCAGUAUGGAAAUACAGACAAUGAUCAGAAGGAUACGAGAAGAUAGAGAAGAAAAAUCCAAGGCAGAUCUUCUCACAAACCUUGUAUUGUGGCGGUAUGAAGACAAUGGACAAUACAGAACUUUUGACAGUCUGACCAAUAUGCAACUAGAAGCCGCAGCACAACAUCAGAGGCAGUAUGAGCUGACCAUAAACAAGAAGCGUUACAAAGUGGACCCCAGUAAAAUGCAGGCUGUCGAUGACCAGGGAACGUGCAUUACCCUUCGGCGUGUUGCAAAAGUAGAAGAUAAUCCAGCAACUGCAAUUCCUGAAGAGUGGGAUGCCAUGGAGGAAACGAUGCGUGUUAAAGUGGUGGAGCUAAAAUCAGAAAUGAAGGAAUAUAAAAAAGUCCAGGAUAUGUUUAACCAAACAAGCAAGGGAUAUACCAUUCAAAAGAUUGAGAGGAUACAAAAUCCCUUCUAUUGGCAGGCAUACCAAAUAAAAAAGCAGGAGAUGGAUGCUAAGAAUGGCAAAGUAAAUAAUGAGAUGCUUCUUUUUCAUGGAACAGCCAGUACAUCAUUAACCCUCAUUAACAGCACUGGCUUUAACAGGAGUUAUGCUGGAUUGCAUGCUGCCUGUUUCGGAAAUGGAACUUACUUUGCUGUGAAUGCCUCUUAUUCUGCCCACAAUACCUAUUCGCAACCAGAUGCAUCUGGGACAAAAUACAUGUACCUUGCCAGAGUGCUUGUGGGAGAAUAUUGUGUUGGGUCAAAAGGAUUAGUCGUCCCGUAUCAAAAAAGCGGGACUGAUCCAACUGAUCUGUAUGACAGUGUAACCGAUCACCUGACCACCCCCUCCCUUUUUGUAAUUUUCAACGACAUCCAAGCAUAUCCAGAGUAUCUCAUUACAUUUAAGUAAUCUCUACUUCCAUAACUUGAUUAAUUGAACUAAUAAUGCAAAAAAUAAAAACAAUUGGAUUAUAUAUUCAUAUGCCUUUGUAAGAAAAACAUGUAUAUCUGAAUGAAUAAAAUAAUGCGCCAUUCAAAAGAUAUGAAA